AUGACAGACCUCGAGGAGCAGCAGGCGAUCAGCAAUGCCGCUCGCAACGCCGCAGCGCUCGGGCUAGACUUUUCGCAGCAGAUCUUGACGUUCGCUCCAAAGGCUCCUGGCUCGUCCAGCACAUCGGCGGCGGCGGCAGCGCUGCGUAACAGGCGCCUCAUCCCGACCGCUUCGUCCGGCGCAAGCAUGCUCGGCCGCAGAAAGAUCAGCAACAAGCCUGAGAAGGUGCUCGAUGCUGCGGAUAUCGCCGACGACUUCUACUACAACCUGAUCGACUGGAGUGUCAAGAACCAGGUGGCCAUUGCGCUCAACCACAGCGCGUACAUCUGGGACUGCGAGGAGGCGAUCGUGUUUGAGCUCGUGGAUCUGUGGCAGGAGCCGGAACGGCUUGGCGGAGGCGACCAGCACAUCACGAGCAUCAAGUGGCACCCAGACGGGACGUACCUCGUCGUCGGUACCGAUAACGGCUACGCGCAGGUAUGGGAUACCGUCGAGCGCAAGCGCAUGCGCACGUUCAAGCCCAGUGCGGAAGGAGGCGCGACAGCCACAACGAUCUGCGCGAUGGACUGGGCGGACCACUCGACCAUCACGCUCGGCUACGGGUCAGGGUUGGUUUCGGAUCACGACAUCCGCAGCGGCGAUAGCUUGAUAAGGAACCUCGACGCGCACUCUGAAAAAGCAUGCGGUCUUCUCUGGAGGGACGACGGUGGGCUGCUGGCUACCGGCGGCAAUGACAACAUCGUCAAGGUAUAUAAUCGCCAGAGCACUGAGCCGGUCAUCACGCGUUCGGAACACAAGGCAGCCAUCAAGGGUAUGUCCUGGUCGCCGUUCAACGCGAACAUUCUAGCCACCGGCGGCGGCUCAGCCUGUCGCACAGUGAACAUCUGGAACGUUGACACGAACGCGCGCCUCAUGUCCUGGGUGACCGAAGCGCAGAUCUCCUCGGUGCACUGGUCCUGGUACCACCGCGAACUGCUAACCACGCAUGGCUCCGCGGAUGGCUCGCCCUCGGGGAGCAUCAAUCUAUGGUCGUACCCGUCCGGCAAGAGUCUGCACCGCAUCGACCGCGCGCACGAGGGCCGAAUCCUUGGCAGCGUUCUCAGCCCGGACGGGCAGAAGCUCGCGAGCGUCGACACGGGCGCGAACGAGCUGCGCUUCUGGACCGUCUUUGAGGCGAGCGAGGAGCAACAGAGGAGGCACCGCCAGGGCAAAGGCGCCGAGCUGUACAACCCGCUCGAGAAGGACCGCGCGCAGGCGAGGUCGCAUGCGCUGCUGCGCUGA